GUAAUGUUUUAAGGACAUGGAGCCCUUGGAAAUUUUACUAGACGCGUUUCGUUGCGACAAGAAAGACAAACGGAUCGUCAAGCUAUCAAUGCAAGGCAUAACCAUCAUUUCUUUAAUUCUGCCGGUUCCAUUCCAACCACCGACAUUGCGCAAGACACUCACCGUGUAAACUAUUUUUUUUUCUUCUUCUUUUCCACCUCGACAUACUGGAAAGCCCUUAUUUUGUCUUACUAGUAUUCAAUUACCCAUCCAAUUGUCGUCUCGAAUCACAUCUACCUAACCUCCCCGGAUUUUUCACUCCGUAGGUAUCGUUUGGCGCGUUACCCAUUUUUCAAUCUUCCACUUCAACUGCCUACCAGAAUGAGAUAACGUAUACGGCCUAAUAUCGAUACAACAUGGAGAAGAAAGUAACUCCUCAGGCGGCGACGUCUUCCUAUGCGCCGCGACUGCGCGUAUACAACAAUUCACUUCUCACCCCCGUUAUCCAUUCUACUGCACCUACCAACCUCGUAUCGCGAACGACGAAACGUGGCACUACCGUAAUUAACUACGCCGAAGAUGGUUACGAUUACGAUGAUGACGAGGACGAUGAUUCUCGCAGACGACCUACGGGCCUGCGCAGCCUCAGGCGCGAGGACAGCGCAUCUCGAGUAGAUCCGAGCGACAAAUUCGGAAAAGAAACAAACGCACCAGUUCAACUUCAGGGCAUUUGGAGGGAUUGGAUGAUUAAGACUAAGAACCGAGCAGACAUAAACUCCCAGGCCCAGGCUGCGAUGCCCGUUACUCUCAUCCCUAUUCGUAUCGAUGUCGAUAUACCCGCCUUCAUACCCGCGCAGCCCUACCCUCUUCCUCGAGGGCUAGCCCAACCACCUCCUCAUAUGGACCCUGCGCUAUAUAGGUCGGGAGAAAUGACUGUUCCAUACAAGCUACGAGAUAUUUUCUUGUGGAACUUGCAUGAGACAAUGAUCACUACUGAUCAGUUCGCGAUGAACCUCGUCCAAGAUUUGGAUCUUCCUAACCAAGGCGCCAUAGCCACCGAGAUUAGCAAGCAGAUCCGAACCCAACUAGAAGAGUAUGCGGGCGUUGCGCUUCACCCGCUUUUCCACUCCGAAGAUAAGGCGCCUACAAAUGGCUCUUUCCUAGCCCCCCAGUCAAGCUUCCGCGAUACCCCCGCCACGCCUACACCUAUACCUAGCUCACUACGCGGCCCCGAAACACCGUUCCGAAAUGGCCCUGAUACUGGCGCUGAUACUCCGACGAAAGGCGGCCGCUCUCAAGUACCCGAAAUUACGGCUAGUGCCACACCUAUCCCAGCCGACUCAGACGACCUUAAUCACGAUGAUACCUACCGAUGCAUAAUACAGUUGAACGUGAACCUAUCUUCGCAACUAUACACAGACAAAUUCGAAUGGUCGUUGCUUCACCCUCCCGGAACCGCUGAGGCGUUUGCCAAAGUCACCUGUGCUGAUUUAGGUCUCUCUGGUGAAUGGGUCCCCGCUCUCACUCACGCGAUUUAUGAGGCCGUGUUACGCCGAAAGAAGGAGGCUUGUGAGGCGGGUGGCCUUGUGGCCGGCUGGGGUGCGAUGGGUGCUGAAUUACCCAACGAUGCCGCCCACAGCAAGGAGGCAGGUUGGCGAUACGAGCCCGAACACCUUGCGGACGACUGGGAGCCUAAGGUAGAGGUCUUGUCGAAGGAGGAGAUUGAGAAACGAGAAGUCGACAGAGAACGACAAGUCCGUCGACUCCGCCGAGAAACGGCGAGAUUCAGCAGCAAUGCCGGUAUGAUAGGUGGUGUACCCGGCUUAGGCUUUGAAGUCGAAGAGGAACGAAUGGGACGUGGAGAACGAUCGAAGAAGAAGCGGAGGUUUAGAAGCCUGAGUCCGCUUGGACGAUCUGGUACUCCGGGCGGUAGAAAUACGCCAGAUGUGGGUUACGGCGGAGGUGGUGGUGGAACCCUCAGCGAUCAAGAGAGACUGAAUUGGCGUUGUUUCCACUGCCGUAUCUGGGGUACAAGUGUUUGGGCGGUCAGAGAUGGGCCAGCAGGUCCUAGAUCCCUCUGUGCCAACUGUGGUCAAUUGUAUGAGCAGACGAAAAAGCUACCUCGAUGGACCAAGAACCUCCAUGCGGCGGAUUUGCGACCAUUUUAGUCUAAUGAGUCCGAAUGCCCGGCUAAACAGCCCAACAAAAGAAGGAGAAAAGCGAACGGGACAGAGCCGAAAGACGGCUAUGUAUCGGGAGUUUCAUUACGAGAAUAAGGCGUUUCUGGACGGAUAUAUCAUAGGCGUUCUUUUCCCUCUCAUCGUCUGCCAGGAGUCGUUGGUUACGGUUUAUACCAUUGACAAAUCCGCGCGCGGAAUCGUGGAUAGGGUAAUCUAGAGGACUUUGUUUUGCCACGCAGGGGCAUUUUCAGAGUCGGCAUAGCAUGCUUCAUUUACUAUUUCUUCUUCGCCGUGUUAGCUACGUAGGUAGCUAUGCCGCUGCUCUUUGUAUACUAGACUACAGGCGCAGAUGCUGAGACAUGAGAUUUGUCGAUGGCUCGUUUACGUAAAGUUGAGAAAAUACCCAAU